AUGAACCUUGUCUAUUUGUUACAGUUGGACGUAAACCCAUUUUUGAAAACCAGUUUAGGUCUCAACGAUUCAGCAUCAAGGAAGAAGAAAGAGGCUACCAUUUACAUAUUGCUCAUGUGGAACCAUCAGAUGAAGCCAUGUACUACUGUGGUGUUCAAAGAUUUUCCCAAACUUUUGGAAAAGGAACAUUUUUGUCAGUUAAAGAGCAGUGUGUUGGACUCGGUUCCUGCAGGAGCGUCAGUGACUCUGCAGUGCUCGGUUCUCUCUGAGAGCAGAGCAGCAGAACUCCAAGUGCUCUGGUUCAGAGCUGCUCCACCACAAUCCCAUCCUCAAAUCAUUUACACUCAUCACAAUAGCAGCCAUCAGUGUGAGAGCGGCUCUUCUACACACACCUGUGUGUACAACUUCUCCAAGAACAUCCUCAGCCUCAAUGAUACUGGGACUUACUACUGCGCUGUGGCCGUGUGUGGGAAGAUCAUUUUUGGGAACGGGACGCAAACACCCCUCGGACUGGAGAUGUUGAUGUUGUUGUGGACUACAUUGUUGGUUUUUAAUAAAAUCGAUUCUGGACGAUGUAAUGAUAUUCACCAGCCGAACCCACUGAUCACUGCUGAUGUGGGUGAAAAUGUGAUUCUGCACUGCUUUAGACUGGGAAAUGAAACUGUCGGUUCCAUCGUUUGGUACAAGCAAAAAAUAGGACAUGAACCUUGUCUAUUUGUUACAGUUGGACGUAAAUCCAUUUUUGAAAAGCAGUUUAGGUCUCAACGAUUCAGCAUCAAGGAAGAAGAAAGAGGCUACCAUUUACAUAUUGCUCAUGUGGAACCAUCAGAUGAAGCCAUGUACUACUGUGGUGUUCAAAGAUUUUCCCAAACUUUUGGAAAAGGAACAUUUUUGUCAGUUAAAGGUAAACCAGAUUUAAGUGUCUCCGUGUUCCAGAGCGGUGUGUUGGACUCGGUUCCUGCAGGAGCGUCAGUGACUCUGCAGUGCUCGGUUCUCUCUGAGAGCAGAGCAGCAGAACUCCAAGUGCUCUGGUUCAGAGCUGCUCCACCACAAUCCCAUCCUCAAAUCAUUUACACUCAUCACAACAGCAGCCAUCAGUGUGAGAGCGGCUCUUCUACACACACCUGUGUGUACAACUUCUCCAAGAACAUCCUCAGCCUCAGUGAUACUGGGACUUACUACUGCGCUGUGGCCACGUGUGGGAAGAUCAUUUUUGGGAACGGGACACGAGUACAACUGGAUGUAAAUACAUUGACUGACCAACAUUUACUGAUCUGCCUUGCUGUAGCUUUGGCACUGUGUGUGGUGAUGAACUUUGUUCAACUUAUUUUAAGUUGUAAGAAACAAGAAUUUGAUCUCCAACAUGUAAUACGUCAACAAGGUUCUAUCAUACAGGUAACAAUUCAGCAACGUGACUGUGAUGCUGUGAAAAUGAACUAUGCUUCUAUAAAUUUCAAUAAAAGUGAAAGAGCAAAAAGAAAACAACCUCAAGAUAGUGUUUAUUCUGAAGUGUUAUACACUUCUGUUACUUAG